GAAGUGAUCUCGCCAUUGCUCGCUAGUGGGAGACGCGCCUCACAGCGCUGCGCAUGCGCCUACGUGCUGGCGCCACUAACCGACAAGUGCGAUGUUGUGAUAUCUACCCAGUAAAGUGCCAAAGUUUUAAAUUACCUCCUUAACUAUAGUUCAAUUAAACGAAGUGAUAAGAUCUAGUGGAUAAAUAAAUAGUGCUACUGAGUCACAUAUUUUUAUAGAGUACGUGAUUCCCAUUCUACAACAAUUAAAAAAAUGGACCAGGUUAGAGGCAGUGUGUUAUGGUUAGAAAAAGAGUUGUCUGCUGAUACAGCGGAUCCCAAGCUAUCGAUUUCCGAGGAGGUCGUGAUAACAGAAGAAGUUCCCACGUUGACGGUAGCAGCUAUUGUUGGAUUCACCGUUGUUAUGAUCGUCGCUAUAGUUGUUGUCUUCGUCUUGGGAAUACUUAUUGAUUGCAGACAACAACGAGUUAUUGCAAAGCAAAUGGGUGAAGCUAAAAGAUGGAGGGCUCCACGGCGAAUCAACGUUCGAAAUGAAAAUGAUGGAGUUAGUAUAGCACAUAACAUGGAGGCGACUGGCAUAAGUCUACCACCGGCCGAAGCACUAUCGACUAUACCUUAAAGAAGUGUGUGCAAUUUAAAAUUGAAUGGUUUGCAUGUAAAACACAGCGAUCUUUAGAAACAAAUAAUCGACUAGUCUCGCCUUACGUCAUCACUAUUGCACUAAGCACUAAAUCCGGUAUCUAGGUCUAAGACUACGUAAUAAUACAAAUACAUUGUUUGAAAUGAAAUAAACGCAUUAAUUGUGUGACUAAAGGUCCAUGUGUAGCAUUUAGUGAUCAGUACUAUAUGUUUCUGAAUUAUCAAGCUAAGAAGUUGUGUAGAAAAUAUAUAAUGUUUAGAAUUCGUCGAUACAAUUCUUCUAAUUGUAGGUCGCAUAUAGCAUGCUUUUUAAUUAUGAAUUAUUCUGAUUUAUUUGUUCUGCUGGUAUUUAUUUAUUUACUUAUUUAAAACCCGGAACUGCAACCUUAUUUAAUGAAAAAAAUUUGUAAUCGACAUAAUCUUGUAAACCCAUACCUAUUAUUAAAAAUAAAUAAAUAAUAAUGGGGAUCGUAAUUUAAACUCUUUUAGGAGGACCUCCAAAACAUUUUUCAAUAUGCCGGGAGCAUCUUUUGUUUUUGCUUUAAGCUACUAAUACAGUAAGCAAGUAGUAUACAUGUAGCAUUUGGUCCAUUUUUGAUUAUCUGGUUAUUUAUUUAAAAAAAAUAUAUUUUGUUAUUAUUCGUUGCUUUUCAUUUAUUUCGGCAGUUCAGUCUUAAAGCAAUGUCACGUAGGACUAAUCGCGUAAUCAAAUGUUCCAAUCCCAAAUUGCAUUACAUUGAAACGCUAUUUUAUAGAUCAAUUAAUUGAUAAUUGAUGAGCACGUGAUUUAACUCAUGUAAAACAAACUAAAGUUAAUGGAACAAUAACGACAAUGUUACUGGUUAAAAUAAAGAAUUAGACAUUAAAGUAAUUAAGGUAUUAAACAGUGGAUUAAGAAAAUAUGUUUAAGUUAUGUAAUUACUAUGAAGUAGCGCUGUUAAUUUGUGGUUUUCUGAAAUUGCUAUUAAUCUGUUAUAGUAUAUUUAUAAGCAGAAGGAGAAUUUGAAAUAAAGGUUAGAUUUGUUCUUUGUAUGCCCUACCCGUUCUUGUUUAUAUCUAUCCAAUUUGUAAAGUUUUCAAUGUAUUCAUAGUCCGGAGUUUUCCGAUAGCGGAAAGACACCAUACAUGGAAUUUUGUAAGCUCUGUUUUAAUUAUUUUUCUUUUAUAUUAUUUCUCGAAUCUAGAAUAGGUACUUUGAGGCGUUUGAGAUAUUUGUGUCUAUUUACGUUAUAAUAAAUCUAUUUUUAUACUG